AUGGCUUACAAGCAAUGGAUUGCUCUGAAGCUUCGAAGUCGCCUGCGCAAGGGUGACAUUCGAGUCAAGGAGGCCAGGCUCGAAUCUGGCAAAUUCUACCGAGGCAGCAAAGACAACGAGAUCAGCGCCAGUGAGGUCAACAAGACAGUCAUUCCGCCCCAGGGGCAGGGCCUCGUAACUUCCUGCGGGCGAUCGGAUGCCGCCAUUGGCACUGAGGGCUAUCUCACCAUUUACGAGUGGGACGGCGAGCACGAGACAAAGAUCUGUCGUGUCUACUGGAGCGCGCCCUGGGGUGCGUACUCUAACAUCUUGAACAUCCUAGACUGGGAUCCCAACACGUCCGAUUACUCCAUUAUGAAAGACGAGGUGCAGCAGGACUCGACAAUUGGAAAUGUUGAGAUUGUGUUUGCCAAGCUGGCGUGA